ACCAAUGCCAGAAAACCAGGAAGGACAUGAUCAGACCUCUUCAGCCGUAACAGUAGAUGUUUCAGCACCAGUGCAAGAAAACCAGGAAGGACAUGAUCAGACCUUUUCAGCCGUUGCAGGAGGAGAUGUUUCAGCCCCAGUGCCAGAAAACCAGGAAGGACACGAUCAGGACUCUUCAGGGGUGACAUGUAGCGCAAAUGAGGCACUAACAGAGAACCAGGAAGAUUCCACCUUAAGAGGGGGAGAAAAUGGUGCCGGUGAUAAAUCAAUUGAUGCUACAACACCACAGGACCAGGAAGAGCAUGAUCAUCAGCCCGCCUCAUCACCCACGACUCUGGAAGGUUCUGGAAAUGCUUCUGAUACAGCAGAACCACGGGACCAGGGAAGGAAUAAUCAGCCCGCCUCACCACCCACGGCAGAAUCUGGAAAUGCAGACCCCGUUUGUUCAAUUGAGAGCCAAGGUGAAGGGUCAUUGGCAAGUGACCAAUCAAUAAGCAGUUCAAAGGACCAAUCACAACAGGAGCUUAGAACUAUGAUUCAGGAGAUUCUUUCAGUAUCCGUAGAGGAUAUUUCGUUUCCUGGAAGCGCCGCCCAUAAGAAGGCGUUAACAGACCACAGAUCGACGGAAAUUUCUCAUGGAGAAAGCCCUUCGACACAAUUUGAUCAAAAGUCGUCACACGCCGAUGGUGAGCUGAGCAACGAUCUUAAGAACAUCAAUGAUGACCUAUGCCCUUCUGAUAGUGUGAAGCCAGUAUCCAGUAUCCAGGGCACAACCGAGGAACAUGAAACCAAGGAUUCGCCGGUCGCCACAGAAGAACAGGACACAGAGAGGACUUGUGUCGUUACAGAAACACAGGGAAGCGAGGCUGCUUUAAUUACAACAGAAGAGCAGGAAAUGGAGAAAGCUUUGGUCGCCACAGAUGUACAGGGCAUAAAAAAGGCUUCGGUGUCCACAGAAGAACAGGAUAUAGAAAAGACUUCCGUCGCCACAGAAGAACAGAGAACAGAGAAGUCUAUGAUCACAACAGAAGCACAGGAAACGGAGGACACUUCCGUCGCCAAACAAGAACAGGAAACAAAGAAGACUUCCUCCGCCCCAGAAGAACAGGGAAAAGAGAAGUCUAUGAUCACAACAGAAGUACAGAAAAUAGAGGAGACGUCCGUCGCCAAACAAGAACAGGGAACAGAUGAAACUUCAGUCGCCACGGAAGAACAAGAAACAGGGAAGACGGCGGGAAAUAGGUCGAGUUCUGAGGAUGCUAUUGUCGCACCGAAGGCAGAGGUAGACUUAUCUACUCCAAAGAAUUCCGCUUCAUCCGCUCCCAUUUCAAUUGAAGCAGCCAAUGUAAAGCAGAUACAUACGUCAAUAAUAUCUGCCACGAAAGCGAAAGCAACUGCUUCGUCCGGGCAACUCAGACAUGCCACUGAAAAUGCAACACCCGCGCAACCAGCUUCAAGCCCUGGUCUAGAACAACCAGCUACUGCAACAGUACCUCUUGUACCCGUGACAAAGCCCACCAAAGUCGCCCCGUCCCCUGAGCCACAAAGGCGCGAAAUAAAGAUGACAGCCUGGGAUACAGAAUAUAGCAGAAACACAGAAGGAAACCAACAAAGAGCUGCCACGUCUGACACAGCUGAAGACCCCGAGGAUGACACACAAACAUGUACAGACACAGCGCAAAACCCCCAAGGCUGUAUAGACCGCUUUGUUCAGCGACUCCGGCGAUUGUUAAAACGAAGAAACCGGGUCACUCCGACUUUUGCUUGCGAUGGAGAGCUGAACGUCCCGGUUAAUCUAAGCGAUGUCAAUCCUUCUGCUUUUGCUGAGGAACUUACCAUGAUUGACAGUGAGAUGCUACGCGCAAUAGAAUUUGAUGAGAUCAAGAAUGGAGCUUGGCGGGAAAUUGAUGUGGAGCAACGGUCUCCGCAUGUACAUGCGAUGAUCGAAUUUUAUAACAGACUCUCCGCCAUCUGCGUGGCAAACAUUUUGUCCAAAGAGAGUGCCAAGGACCGGGCGAAAAUAAUCACAAAGAUUAUCAAGAUUGCCGAGAAAUGUGCACAGUUUAAUAACUUCAAUAGCUGUAAAGCGCUCUUGAUUUCAUUUCGUUUUCACGUCGUUUCAAGACUCUGCGAUACAUGGAAACAAGUCCCCAGAAGAGCGAAGAGCACCAUGGGCCACCUUCUAGCCAUGACGUCAUCACGUGACCAAAAAGCUAUCCUAAGGCGUCAUCAAAAAGUCUGCAAGAAACAAGGGGUUAACUCGAUUCAGUUUCUUGGCGAUGUUCUACAUCAGGUUCACUACAUCGAGAGGUGUUACUCACAGAAAAUCUCAGCUUAUAAGCCCGCUGCAGGAGAUCUUUCGUUAAAUUACACUCAUAAGAAUGUGCCUAGUGGCACAUCUACAUCUCGCGUCCAACCCUCUUCCCUCAGCGGCGAAGCCUUCAAUCCUAAUGACGUCAUCCCUGAAACAGUCGAGCAAGAGUUGCGUCACAUCUGGCAGACUUACCAAGACGCAGCACAGGGUUACCGGUUCUCUCGCCGGCCCGCUGUCAAGGCUUUCCUCAUGAACGCGACUAUUAACGACCCUGAAGACAAUGUUGACCUAUCUUAUGACCUGGAGCCAUGGAGGAAAGGGGAAGACUUCCCGCACCCAUCCCAGGAAUCUUUGCUUUAGAACUAUCUUACUACCCAGGCCCUUAGCCAGGAUUCUGAGCGGGGGGUGUUUGUUUACCUAUUUAGCAGAUCAUUUUCUCUUAGGUAGAUUGUCCUAGGUUGUGUUACUUAAUUUUCCUUCAUCAGAGCGGACAUUCUUGUCGAGUGGGAGGGUUCUUCCGAACCCCCCCCCCCCCCCCCCCCCCCUU